GCGCACACAUACACACUCGGCCACGCGCGCGCCGCCCGGCCCCACUCGCGCAGCGCGGCUCUGCGCGGGCCGCAUUGUCCGCCGCUCGCAGCUGCUGCCCGCCGGCCUGGUCCCGGGCUGUGUCUCCCCGGGCGCCCCGGGCCCCCGCGCCGAGCGCCGUUCGCGGGACUCCGACCGGAGAAGGGGGCGCGUCAGGGCGGCACGGCGGGCCUCGGACGCCCCAGACUCGCGCGAAGCAGCAGCGACAGCAGUCCUUCACCAGCAGGGGCUAGAACCUGGGAAGGGUGUCAGGUGAACAUCCCACCUGAGAAGAUGCCAGUGAGAUCAAGACAUGAGGCUGCUUGUUUGCAGAAGAGGACUUUCUAGAAUCCUCCAGCUGGACUAACCGGACCUUCUGGUUCCCGUCGUCUGAGCUGGGAAGUGUUAGCGUCUGUGCCCACCACACAGCCCAGAACACUAGUAAUUGAAGCAUCAACCAGGAAUAGGAGAGGACUCUUCAGGGGAAGGGUCCCCACCACACCUCAGCAUGUCUCGUCGAAGCCAGCGCCUCACGCGCUACUCCCAGGGUGACGAUGACGGCGGCAGCAGCAGUAGUGGCGGCAGCUCCGUGGCGGGGAGCCAGAGCACCCUGUUUAAAGACAGUCCUUUCAGGACCCUGAAGAGGAAAUCCAGCAACACCAAGCGUCUGUCCCCAGCGCCACAGCUGGGCCCCUCCUCCGACACCCACACCUCCUACUACAGCGAGUCCGUGGUCCGGGAGUCCUACUUUGGCAGCCCCCGGGCCGCCUCCCUCGCCAGGAGCUCCAUCCUGGAUGACCAGCUGCUCCGAGACCCCUAUUGGAGAGAACACCGCGCCCUCCCCUCCUCAGGCAAGGACCUGCAGGUGCGGAGGAGGAGAGGCACUGGGGACACGGAGAGCAGCAAGAUCAAUGGGCUGGCGGAGACCAAGCUCUCCGAGGACUUCCUCGGGUCCUCCUCGGGCUACUCCUCUGAGGACGACUACGCAGGGUACUUGGAGACGGACCAGCGGAGCUCGGGCUCACGGCUGAGGAGCACUGUCUCUCGGGCGGGCUCGUUUCUCUGGACGGUGGUCACCUUUCCAGGCCGGCUCUUCAGGCUCCUCUACUGGUGGAUCGGCACCUCCUGGUACCGCCUGACGACCGCUGCCUCCCUGCUCGACGUCUUCGUUUUGACCAGGCGCCUCUCGUCCCUGAAGACAUUCCUAUGGUUCCUCUUGCUGCUGCUGCUCCUGACCGGCCUGACCUACGGUGCCUGGUAUUUCUACCCCUAUGGGCUGCAGACACUCCACCCCGCUGUGGUCUCCUGGUGGGCCGCGAGGGGCGGCGGCCAGCAGCAUGAGGUGUGGGUGUCCAGAGACUCAUCCUCACAUUCCCAGGCUGAGCAGCGCAUCCUGUCCCGCGUGCACUCGCUGGAGCGGCGCCUGGAAGCUCUCGCUGCCGAGUUCUCCUCCACCUGGCAGAAGGAGGCCCUGCGCCUGGAGCGCCUGGAGCUGCGGCAAGGGGCCACGGGUGAGGGGGGCGGCGGCGGCGGCGGCCUGAGCCACGAGGACACCCUGGCGCUCCUGGAGGGGCUGGUGAGCCGCCGAGAGGCGGCCCUGAAGGAGGACUUCCGCAGGGACACCGCUGCCCGGAUCCAGGAGGAAGUAGCCACUCUGAGAACAGAACACCAACAGGACGCCGAAGACCUCUUCAAGAAGAUCGUCCAGGCCUCCCAGGAGUCUGAGACUCGGCUCCAACAGCUGAAGUCCGAGUGGCACAGGAUGACCCAGGAGUCCUUCCGCGAGCACUCCAUGAAGGAGCUGGGGCGGCUGGAGGGCCAGCUGGCCGGCCUGCGGCAGGAGCUGGCGGCGCUGACCCUGAAGCAGAACUCGGUGGCGGACCAAGUGGGCCUGCUGCCGGGGCAGCUCCAGGCCGUGCGGGACGAUGUGGAGUCUCAGUUCCCCGCCUGGAUCAGCCAGUUCCUGCUCCGAGGCGGCGGGAGCCGCGCUGGGCUCCUCCAGCGAGAGGAGGUGCAGGCGCAGCUGCAGGAGCUGGAGAGCAAGGUCCUCACCCACGUGGCCGAGAUGCAGGGCAAGUCUUCGAGGGAGGCGGUGGCCAGCCUGGGGCUGCGGCUGCAGAAGGAAGGCGUGAUCGGGGUGACGGAGGAGGAGGUGCACCGCAUCGUGAACCAGGCCCUGAAGCGCUACAGUGAGGACCGCAUCGGGAUGGUGGACUACGCGCUGGAAUCAGGAGGGGCCAGCGUGAUCAGCACCCGAUGUUCCGAGACCUACGAGACCAAGACGGCCCUCCUCAGCCUCUUCGGCGUCCCCCUGUGGUACCACUCCCAGUCACCCCGCGUGAUCCUCCAGCCAGACGUGCACCCGGGCAACUGCUGGGCCUUCCAGGGGCCCCAGGGCUUUGCGGUGGUUCGCCUUUCGGCCCGCAUCCGCCCCACCGCCGUCACCUUAGAGCACGUGCCCAAGUCCCUGUCGCCCAACAGCACCAUCUCCAGCGCCCCCAAGGACUUCGCGGUCCUUGGGUUGGACGAAGACCUGCGGCAGGAGGGGACACUUCUGGGCCAGUUCACCUACGACCAGGACGGGGAGCCCAUCCAGACGUUUUAUUUUCAGGACCCCCAGAUGGCCGCGUACCAGGUGGUGGAGCUGCGGAUCCUGACCAACUGGGGCCACCCCGAGUACACCUGCAUCUACCGCUUCAGGGUGCACGGGGAGCCCGCCCACUAGGCCUUCCCCGGGCGCUGCCAGCCAGCCGGGAGGCCAGCGGGAGGCCAGCGGGAGGCCAGCCGUGCCCCCACCCCGGGAGUGGGAGAGCAGCGCCCCUGCCAUGCCCCCGCGUGCUUGAUCAGCGCUCUGAUGCCGCCGCCCCGGAGCGAGCACCGCACCGCUGGCCCCAUGGAGACGCGAAAGGACUCCCGGGGUUCUCCUCGCAGCCAGGCAGCUUGAGGGGCACAGCUGGCUCCAGCGUCUUUCUCCCCUCACUCUCCUUCUGCCAGGCGUCUGCCUCCCGCUCCUGGGAGGGUGUACAUAUGUAGCAUAUCACAGGGGAUUGAGAGGCAGGGGAGGCGAUGAGGGAACGCGCGUCCCGGCAGCCGUGGGUGAGCCCUGGCCGCCUCUGGCCAUCCGGGCCCUUGGUGGAGGGCCGGCACCCGGGAGGCUCCGUUGGGAGGCCCCGAGUGAGGGUCCCGCCAAAGCCCCGGGGGCGCGAGCGUGGGCCGGGCCCGGGAGUGAGGCCCACGGGAGGAAGGUGCUCUCGGUGCAGGUGGGGACCAGGCAGCAGGCGGGGAGCUCCUGCCAGAGGGCCGCCGGGCUCGGCCGCAGCCCAGGGGAGCCCGGCCCCGCGGGCCUCCGAAGGGCUUCUGCACACCGUGUCUGUCCUGGGUCAAGGCGGUCUAUGGGGUUUCUGGUGCCCGAGGUCUGGCUCCUGUGAGCCUCCGAGGGCCCCAGGGUCCCCUCUGUGGGGGGCACUAGUUGCUUGUCCUCCUCUGAUGCCAGGACUGGGGCCCGCCAGACCCCCUGAGCGAGUCUGCCACACCCCCCCACCGUGCAGGGCGCCCGGGCCUGUCCUUUGAGGCCGUGAGCACCUGCCGGCAGCUGUAAGGAUGGGAGCAGGGCACUUCCUGGGCUCUCCUGGCGGCCCAGGGGUGACCUGGUCACGGUGACAUUCAGGGUACCAGGUGGGAGGUCGGCCUGCCUUGUGGGCCCUGCCCCACCCCCAUCGCAAUCAGGCCCCUGCUGUCAGGGGCCCUCACCCUCAGCCACCCGUGGGGCUCUUUCAGCUCUUGCUCAAUUGUUUCCUUCCUGGCUUUUUUUUUCUAGGGGGGC